AUGCGAUUCGCAAAUCUAACUUUGCAUAAUCCAACAUAUUGGAGAAUUCGACGAUCUAUACGCCGGUUCGGUAGAUCAGUUCGUCAAACACUGCGACCUUUAUGCGUCCGCGCAAAUCAUGAAGUAGAUCAUCGAAGAGAACCUUUACUAAGACCACCAUCGUCCAAUAAAAAAGCUAUCAACAAACAAAUCUCAGAACAACAUGUGGCUAUAGCUGCGGUUAUUACCACUUUUUGUACGACGGAAAAUCUUGUUUCCCGUACAAGUCAAUGUAACCAAACCAUGGCGUUCUUCGAAGAAGAUCUCAAUCGUUGGAUCGACAAGUCUAAUGAAGACAAAAAACAAACACUUUCUUUAGAAAAUGGUCAAAUAAAUUGUCCAAUGAUAAAAGAUUUCCAAGGUCGUGUAAAAAACGCUUUUGUCGCUACCGUUCUCAAAGCAUACUGUGAACAUUGCCCGCUCGAAUUAUCUGUUGAAGAUUUCUGGGUAGUUAUCGCUCAAGGCGUCAGUAUCCAUUUACAUGAAAAUUCGGGAAAAUGUCGUGAAUUUGGUGUUUCGCACGAAGGAAAAAAAACAUUAGUAUUGUCAGUGGAUCAACUUCGUUUUCCCGAGUCAGAGCGACCAGCAGGUAGAAACGAAUCUGUUCCGGCGAUCAACUGGCCUGCAGCUGUUUCCGAAAUAUGUCAAAUGAUUAAGGAAGACAUGGAAAUUGAUCUGUCAACACUAAUCACCAAAAGAUUUUCCAGUACGACUAAGAUUGACGGAACUGUUUUCGAUUGUAAUUUAACAUGCGGCAUUCCUCAGAUAAUGCUUCGUGGUUCGCCUGCUGAUUUUCAAGAUUUAAUCGAUCGAGUUCAACAACUGAAAGUAAUUCUCACUGAUUUUCAUUGGUGGUUCGACGCACUUUUACCGAAUCUCGAAAAGUUGAAAGAGAGUGCCGAAGGUAAACCUGAUAUUGAUUGGUGGCAGAGGAUUUGCCAUUAUAAUAACAAAGGAUCGGGUGCCAAUAUGUUAUUAGGAUGGUUGACAACUUUUAUUCCCUACACAAUGAACAACGACGGUCAGUACAUACGAGCCUGUCGGAAAUGUCAUGAUGAAAAACUUGGCACGAUCGAUGGGGUGAAUUUGAGUGAUCUCGAAGAAAGUAUUACCCAAACAGAUUUUUACUUAAAUAAUAAUGGUAAUCUAAUCUCUAUGAAGUUAAUUGCGGGAUUUUUUGAUGUUGGCAAAAAUCCAACGACAAGCGCUCUACGUCCAUGUCUUGGAUGGGCAACAGCAGUACCAUCAGAAGAAGUGGUUGCGAAACUCUACUGCGUCAAGUUUAAGAAUGGAGCACCCAUUGAAGAAGUCACCAGGAUUAUAGAAGUCAUUGCGAAAGAAGGCGGCAAAAGUGAACAUCAAUUUGACUUUGGUUCUGAUCAUAUGUUCCACGUUAGUCUGUUCGACAAGACCGCUGCUUGGCUCAAACAAAACGAACAUAUUGAAGAAAUAACAUCGGACUGA